AUGCUAGCACUCCGUUUACACGGACGAAAGGAUAUCCGACUCGACACGGUUCCCAUUCCGGAAUGCCUACCAAACCAAGUCCGAGUACGCGUGGCGUACUGCGGAAUCUGCGGCUCAGAUAUCCACGAGUACGACGCAGGGCCUAUUCUCGCCCCUCAACAAGAAGAAACAAAUCCCCACUCCGGCGCAACACUCCCAGUGAUCCUCGGGCAUGAAAUGUCGGGGAUUAUUAUUGAAGUCGGAGCCGAUGUAGAAGGCAUCUCCACCGGGAAGAAAGUGGUAGUCAACCCUUUACUAGCAGACUCGCAGAUCCAAGCAGAGGCAUGCACAUCUUGCCUGCGCGGGAGCUUCAACACCUGCAAACGGUCUACAUACUACGGAAUCAAUGCGCAGGGGGGUGGGUUCUCCGGCGAGAUUUGCGUCAAUGCCACUAAUAUUGUUGCCGUUCCUGAUAGCGUCUCGCUGAGGGCUGCUGCGCUCGCGGAACCUUUGGCCGUGGCUUGCCAUAUGAUUGAGCGAUCGGGGUUUAGUCCUGAUGACAAUAUCUUGAUCCUUGGGGCAGGGCCGAUUGGGUUGGCUUUGCUGAUGCUGUUACGGUCGAAGGGGGCGAAGAAGAUUCUUGUGAGCGAGGUGUCUGAGCUGCGGAUUGAACAUGCCAGGCGUCUUGGAGCGGAUGUUGUCAUAAACCCUCUGCAGGGUGACAAGGGGUCUAACCCUGUACUAAAGGAAGUUUCUGACUUUACAGGCGAGGGAGUGGAUAUUGCCUUUGAUGCAUCUGGUCUCCAGACUACUCUUAACACUGCUAUAGCGUCAGUUAGGCCAGGAGGAACCAUUUUCAAUGUUGCAAUUCAUGAGAAGCCGCUGAGUGUGAAUCUUAAUGAUCUAUCUCUGCAAGAAAAACGCCUCACUGGCGGGAUUUGCUACUUGAAAAGGGACUUUGAAGAGAUUCUGGCCCUCCAGGGAUCAGGAAGACUUCCAGCAGAAGAGAUGAUUACGUCCAUCGUGCCACUUUCGGAUAUCGUUAAGGGGGGAUUUCACGAGCUGAUGGUCCAUAAAGCUAAGCAUGUCAAGAUCCUCAUUCAGCCUGGCGUUUAA